AUGGAAAAUCAUAAGUACUACGAAGAAGCCGAUGAUGAUGAUGAUGAUACGCCGGUUGGAAGUCAGACGUUGCCGUUGCCGGCGCCAGUUGCUUCCAAUCGGAGACAGCCUUUUCUAUCAUCAUCAUCAUCACCUUCUUCUUCUUUUUCUUCUUCUUCCCCACCGCGAAUUUCCUCCACUCUGCCAGCGGUUCCAGUGCCGCCGUCGACUCCGGCGAAUUCUCUCCCUCCUGCCCCGCCACCGCCUCCGCCUCCUCCGCCUCCACCGCCAUUACCGAUGGAAUUCGUUAAUAAAGAUAGAUCUAAUAACAAUCCAGGGAAUGGAUGGGGAUCGUCUGCGUCAAGCCGGCCGCCGACGGCGCCAAGAGAGAAAACUACCAAAAACAGAGGAUGGGGAAGAAAAACAGAGGAGAAUCUUGAUAGCAUUAGCUCUGAUCACACAAAGCUCCGGCCUUUUCACUGGGACAAGGUUGGGGCUAAUAGCCAUGAUCAUUCAAUCGUUUGGGAUGAACUUGAAGACGGCUCGAUCAGGUUCGAGGACGGCCAAAUUGAGGCAUUAUUCGGUUACAGGAAGAAACCCAAUUCUUCUUCCAGAACCCCAAUGCACGCUGCAUCAUCGGCGAACUCAAGCGGCAGAAGCACUCCAUCAUCCAACGCCCCGAUCUUCAUCCUGGACCCGAGAAAAUCCCUGAACGCGGCGAUCGUCCUGAAAUCGUUAGCAACCACGCAGAACCAAAUCCUGAGCGCUCUACAGGAAGGCUACGGAGUUCGCCCCGAUAUCCUCGAGAAGCUCGCCAAGAUCUCGCCCACCAAGGAGGAAGCUACCCGAAUCUCGCGAUUCAACGGCGACCCGGGGAAGCUGGCCGACGCCGAGUCCUUCCUGUACAGCAUCCUGAAGGCGGUUCCGACGGCGUUUUUCCGGGUGGAAGCGAUGCUGUUCCGAUCGAGCUACAAUUCGGAGAUUCGCAACCUGAAGAUGUCGCUGAAGACGGUCGAGCUGGGAUGUCAGGAGCUUCGAGAACGCGGAUUGUUCUUGAAGCUCCUGGAAGCCAUCCUGAAGGCCGGCAACAAGAUGAAUGCCGGGACGUCGAGAGGGGAUGCCAAAGGGUUCAACCUCACCGCUCUCAGGAAGUUGUCCGAUAUCAAGAGCACCGACGGAGAGACCACUCUGCUCCGGUUCGUGGUGGAGCAGGUGGUCCGAUCGGAAGGAAAGAGGCAAGUUUCGAAGGAGAACUCGACGAUGAUGACAGAGGAGGAGCGGAAGGAGGAGUUCCUAUCCCUCGGGUUGAGAUCGAUGCAGAAUUUGGGCUUGGAAUUCUCCAAUGUAAAGAAGGCGGCAGCGAUUGAGAGCAGAGAAUUCAUUACCACUUGCUCUGCUCUGGCAGCGAGACAGAUCGAGACGAAGCGAAUCCUGACCGGGUGCAAGGAGGAAGAGAGAGGGGAGUUCAUGAGGGAGAUGAGGGGAUUUCUGGAUGAAUGUGAGGAGGAAUUGAGAUCGGUGAUCGAAGAGCAGGAGAGAGUGAUGGAGCUUGUGAAGAGGACGACGACGUAUUACCAGGUCGGAGGAGGGAGAAACAGGGGAGCCGGUGAGCAGCCGUUGGAGCUGUUUGUGAUUGUGAAGGAUUUCCUGGACAUGGUGGAUCGGGUAUGUACAGACAUUUCUCGGAGUCGUAGUAGGAAGAAGAACGGCGGCGGAACGAAUUCAACGAGGGUGAGGGCGACGGCGACUCUGCCGCCGGCGGCUGGUGGCAAUACCAGUUCAGGCAAACAGGUCCCGCGAUUCUUCAAUUUUUCGCCCGCUUCUGCUGCUGUAGCUGAUGCAUCCGACGAGGAGGACGACGACUUCUGA